AUGGAUCAUUUAGUGACUCUUCCUGUGAAGAUCGCUCCAGGUCUGCUCAGGCCCUUAGCAUACCGAAUUCUGUCCAAAAAAUACGGGUUGAACAUCAAAUCGGAUGGACUGGCAGCGUUAGCAGAGUAUAUCGGGGUCAGUUUUGGCAGCAAUUGGCGUAAAGACAGCGCAACGUUCCAAUUUCUAGAACAGUUCGCUGCGAUCUGGGAACAGCAAGAAAGAGGACUGUUCAUCGAUAAAAACGGCGUAGACGAAGUGAUUCGAGAGGUUAAAGAGCGUUCUAAACCUGCACAGGCUACAGCUACUGCAAAUUCGAGCAAAAAGGACUCUGAUUUGACAUCAAAGCCCAACACAUUAGAUGGGUUUUUAGCUCGUAAAACCCUACUGCCAGGUGAAGAAGACGCAUUAGAUUCCGGAACUCAAACAGAAAGUGUUACUGAGACGAAUGCGGAAAAUGCAGAGGCAUCACUGCGAAGCGAGUCCCCAGAAGCUUCACUCGAUUGGCAGGCCUACUAUAAGUUGGUGGACGCGCAAACGCAUCAAAAUUUCCUUUACGAUUCUACAUCUAAACAAUACAGGUUGAAGCCUAAGGAUACCAAAAAAUCAAUCUUGCCCCGUGCAGAAUCGAAUGUGGCGCUUUUCGCAGCGCGCUACAAUGUAUUGAGAGACCGAGUGCUGCGGAAUGAAGUGUUCCAGGGCGGCGAAGACACGUUCAAUCCAUUGUCAUCGAUGAGCAACUUCAAGAACUCGCUAGACACUCCAGCAACUCAGACAAUGACUCUAACACAGAUCAAAAACUUGUUAGGCAGAGACGGAAAGAAUUUUCUGCUUCUGGGUCUUCUCAGGCCCAGUGCUAAAGGUGGCUGGUCCCUCGAGGACCCUUCAGGCUCGGUGGAGCUCGACAUGUCGCAAGCGAUCCCUGCAGAAGGUAUGUUUUACGUUCCAGGUUGCAUUAUAUUGGCAGAAGGCAUUUACUAUUCAGCCGCCCACAAGUUUUUUGUUGCUUCCGUUACACAUCCACCUGGCGAAAGACGGGAUGAAGCUAUGGAGGCAGCGGGGAACCUGGACUUUCUGGGGGUCCAUCAACUCUCAAAUUCGAGCUACUUAUCAAGAAUCGACAAAGACUUGAAGAUCAGACUUCAUUUACUCGAAAGAGAACUAACAGACCAUAGAAUCGUUGUCCUGGGGGGAGAUAUUUUCCUGGAUCAACUUCAUGUAAUGGAAGGGCUGCGUAAAGUUUUCGACAAAUUGAAUGAUGAUCCGCCCAUAACAUUAGUACUUAUGGGAUCCUUCACCUCCACACCUACCUUCCCCGUAAUGAGCAGCAAAAAUAUCAGCGCCACAACUGCUUACAAGAAUGCUUUCGAUGCUUUGGCUCUUUUGAUGUCAAACUUCGAGAGGUUGAUCAACGAAACAAAUUUCGUGUUCAUUCCUGGAGCAAACGAUCCAUGGACCUCGAUGGUGAGUUUGGGAGCUACUGCGAUAUGGCCGCAACGCCCCAUUCCAGGAACAUUUGUUCAAAGGGUGAACAGGGUUUGCAAAAACGUGUUUUGGGGAUCGAAUCCUUCGCGGCUCGCAUACCUCUCCCAGGAGUUGCUUCUUGUUAGAGAUGACUUGAACGACAGGUUCAAGAGACAUAACAUUUUAUUCCCAGCAACUAUGGACAGUGACGAAGAAGAAAGCCUCGUUCAAGAUUUCUCCAUGCAACAGAUUCACGAUAAAGAAUACGAAAGUAUAGAUCAAUUGGUUAAAUCUAAAGACCAGAGAUCUGCAGGAGUGCAAGAAGCACGUAAGCUAGUCAAAACUGUGUUGGAUCAGGGCCACAUCUCACCAUUUACCUCUUUCAUCAGACCAGUGGUGUGGGAUCUAGAUCAUACUUUACACCUAUCGCCAAUACCAACCGCGCUGAUCUUAUGUGACACUUCUGCUUCGCAAUUCGAAGUCACUUACAAUGGUUGUAAGACCAUCAACACUUCCACGUUUAUACACAAGCGAACGGCGAGAUACGUUGAAUACAGACCGGCCUUCAGGAAAAUGGUGCAGGAAGAGGUCUAUUUUUGA